AUGACUGCCUACCUCCCCAGGCAGCACAGCUGCUGCCGGGGGUCCGAUGGGAUGGAGCCCACCCGAGGUAUGCCUAUACUCCCCAGGGAUAGCCACUGUUCAUGUGGUUGGCAGCAGAGCUCCCAGGGGCGUUGUUAUAAUCCGCAAGUGUUGCCGACCACUGCUUCGGGACCCCCGGGUCCGACUUUGAGCCAACCCAAGACUAAGCGUAGUGCUUCGUGGGAAAAGGGCCCCAAAAGUCCCCCCAAACCCUUAACUAAGGCAAAGAUGGCUGCAGGAGAGUGGUGGUUGGAUUGUACCUGCCCCCACAGCUGGUACCGACCGGUACAGGCCAGUCCUGCUCCUAUAAUCGUCAACACAGAUACAUUGGACACUAUCCCCUACGUCAAUGGAACAGAAAUUGAAUAUGAAUUUGAAGAAAUUACAUUGGAAAGGGGUAAUUCUGGCCUGGGUUUCAGCAUCGCCGGAGGAACAGAUAACCCACACAUCGGGGACGAUCCUGGGAUAUUUAUUACCAAGAUUAUACCAGGAGGAGCUGCAGCAGAGGAUGGUAGACUCAGGGUCAAUGACUGCAUCUUGCGGGUAAAUGAGGUCGACGUGUCUGAGGUUUCGCACAGCAAAGCAGUCGAGGCACUAAAAGAAGCCGGCUCAAUAGUGCGGCUGUACGUCCGUCGAAGGCGUCCUAUUCUGGAGACGGUUGUCGAGAUCAAACUGUUCAAAGGGCCCAAAGGGCUCGGGUUCAGCAUUGCGGGCGGUGUGGGGAAUCAGCACAUCCCUGGAGACAACAGCAUUUAUGUCACAAAAAUUAUCGACGGAGGCGCGGCGCAGAAGGACGGGCGGUUGCAAGUCGGAGACCGGCUUCUUAUGGUAAAUAAUUACAGUUUAGAAGAAGUAACUCACGAAGAAGCUGUAGCAAUAUUGAAAAACACAUCCGACGUAGUGUAUUUAAAAGUUGGGAAGCCCACCACCAUUUACAUGACUGAUCCUUAUGGCCCGCCAGACAUUACCCAUCCUUAUUCCCCGCCAAUGGAAAACCAUAUAUUGUCUUCGGGCAACAACGGCACUUUAGAAUACAAGGCAUCUUUGGCCCCUAUCUCCCCGGGAAGAUACUCGCCUAUCCCAAAGCACAUGCUAGUGGAGGAUGACUAUACCAGAUAUGACUUCCCUUGGUAGGUGUCUCUCACUGGAACAGGGAUAACAGCCAGCCCUUAGGGGAGUCUCACAUGAGUGCAAGAGAUACAGUCAAUCCAUCAGACCAGUUAAAAUAAACAAACAAACCUUUUUGUUCCUUUUGCUGACUUCUGCCUGCUGGAAAGGGAGAAGAUCAUAUAUGCCUUGUUUGAAAGUUAACUUAAGUGCUCCAAACCAGCUUUUACUGGCACCGGCUUGCGAACCUGCUUGAUUGUAGUAUGGCUAUUUGGUGUGAAUAUUUUCGUGUUGCUAGAUUUGCUUGAAACAAACAAACAAACAAAAAACAGAGUGCACCAGCAGUUAGAUCUGGAGGAAGUCAACUCACCUUUGGUUCCUCCAUCUGCUGCUGAUUCUUCCUUCCUUCCUUCCUUCCUUCCUUCCUUCCUUCCUUCCUUCCUUCCU